AUGGGCAAGAGCAAACCGGAUCAGCCCGAUGCUGGGCUGAAAAGCUUGAAUCACUACUCCAGCCGAUUGCCCUUCUGGCGGUAUUGGCCACGACAGAAGCUCAUCCCAUUGAUCCGAUAUGAGACGCCAUAUUUGGCCUGGGUGCAGGAGAAAGUGCGCACACCAACUCUCGAUUCGUAUUUCGCGUUCACAGCCAACCUUGGCACGCACACGUUUUUCAUGGUCUUCCUGCCCUUCCUCUUCUGGUGCGGUUCUCCCAGUAUGGGUCGCGGAUUGGUACACAUCUUAGCAUCAGGCGUGUUUUGGAGCGGUUUCCUCAAGGACUUGCUAUGUCUUCCUCGGCCUCUGUCCCCACCACUCCAGCGGAUUACUAUGUCCGGCUCUGCAGCUUUGGAAUAUGGCUUCCCCUCAACACACUCCACCAAUGCCGUCUCCGUGGCAGUGUAUGCUCUAGCUCUGCUCGGUUCACCGGACUCGACUCUUAGCGCGCAGGCCACCCUCUUGCUCCAAGCUGUCACCUAUAUCUACGUUGUGUCAAUUGUACUGGGCCGACUGUAUUGCGGAAUGCACGGGAUGUUGGACUGUACUGUUGGAUGUGCUUUGGGUGCGGCCAUUGGCCUGGUGCAAUUUCAUUACGGACCUGCCUUCGAGGAAUUCAUUUUAUCUGCCUCGCUGACCGAAAUAUCUCUCCUGGCGCUUGUUAUCAUAUCUCUUGUCCGCAUCCAUCCGGAACCGGCGGAUGAUUGCCCAUGCUUUGAUGAUAGUGUCGCAUUUGCAGGCGUCAUGCUAGGUGUGGAUGUUUCUUCGUGGCAUUUCGCUACUAUCUGGGAGGGUUACCCCGCUGGAUCAAUUCCAUACGAUCUCCACACCGUGGGCUGGAUCAGAACAGUCAUCCGUCUGGUCGUGGGUGUUCUGUGUGUCUUUGCUUGGAGGACCGUGACGAAGCCCGCUUUGCUGCGCAUCCUUCCACCUAUUUUCCGGACCCUGGAGAAGCUCGGCCUGUUGUUACCCCGACGCUUCUUCACCACGGCUUCGGAAUAUACCACUGUCCCGACCAACCUUAAAGACCACGAUGUUUUUCCUAACUUCUCCGACAUUCCAAGCAUUAUCACCACCAUGCGUCACCCUCGCCGCCGAGCCGUGUCCAUUGGUCCCCAGUCAGAAGCCGAUGCGUAUGAAACCCUGGCGUACCGAGAAAAGCGUCGGCGCGAGAGCCAAUCUGGAAGUCACCAUCCCUUCACAUUAGUAGAGGGGCAAGUCCAACCCAAUGGAACACCCCUGUCGUCGAGAAAGACAACCACCCUGGAUGAUUAUGAAGAUAUGAUGGGUAGAGGCAGUCCCCGCUCGUCCGCUGUAGACGUGAAUUCGGACGUGUCGACAAUUCCUUUCCCUUCGCUCGAUCUCGAUGCUGGAGAGCGGGAUGAAAAAGAAGUAUUCUCCCAAAUCAAGAAACCUCGCGUGCGAUACGACGUGGAGGUAGUGACAAAACUGGUUGUGUAUGCAGGUAUCCCAUGGGUAGUCAUCGAGGUGGCACCCCUCCUAUUUGACCGGAUCGGGCUUGGAAGUCGAUAA